UUGAGGUUAUGUUUUUUGUUAUGAUUGGAAUUUAAUAAACAAUAUUUACUAAAAAAUGGCACACAAAAUAUUGGGACUAUUCAAAUUAACCUAUUAUUCGAUACCAAAUACACAAGUACCUAACUCAAUAUUUCUAAAGUGCAAACCAUAUGUGUAUCCUUUAUCAAAAAGACACUUCGCAACUGAUAACAAAGAGUUAAAAGAAGUAUCUUACGCUGAAGUUAAAAGAAUUUGCGAUGAAGCAAAUAAAAAUGUUAGCAUUAUUGAUGUACGGCAACCUGAAGAACUUCGACAAACUGGGGUAAUACCUGGAAGCAUCAAUAUCCCAUUGGAUCAAGUAAAAGACGCCCUUAAUAAUCUCACAGCCGAUGAAUUUAAGAAAAAGUAUGGUUGUGAUAGACCCGAGAAGAACUCGUUGAUUAUUUUUUCUUGUAAAUUAGGAAUGAGAAGUGCUGCAGCUCAAGAAAUCGCUGAAAAAUUGGGAUACAAAAUGGCAAAAAACUAUCGAGGAGGAUGGGAUGACUGGGAAGAACGUUUGAAAAAACAGAAAUAGAUUAAUUAUUAUUUUGAAAUUAAAAACAAAUCCAUAAAUGCGAUUUUUAUUCAAAUAAAUGUAUACACUGGCAUCAAAUUUGAAUUUUGUUUCAACACACCGAGUUAAUCACAGGCCAAAAAUUACAUCAAAUGAACGUUCAAAUUUAACACCACCGUAUAUUUUGGCAUGAAAAUACAUAACAAUAAAGUAUAAAAAAAAUAAUUGUUAUUACAAAAGAAAAUAAAUAGCUAUGUACAGGCGCACAAACAAAAUAAAAAAAUUAAGUCGCCAACUAAUCGUGAACCUUCAAAAUAAACAGGGAGUUGGAAAUUUAAAAAAAAUGGCACAAUUCGUGCUUGAUAUCUUGAAUAAAAUCCCCAAUUUUUAACAACCCUGUACAUAUUAUUUACUAGUUAUAAGCACACAAAUAAUACGAGUAGAAAAUAUCCUUCAAUCCUUCUCAUUUAUACUUUGCCCAAUUAUUAUUCUAUUAUAAAUAAAUUUAUUUUAAUUAUCACAAAUUAAUGAAGAAAAGUUCGUUUAAAAUAAUCGAUGAGGAUUUCAUGCACAUUAAUGAGCAAAAGUUCCGGUAAGCACAGAAUCAAUUAUUGGUUUUGCGUAAUACUGAAACCUUAGUUCAUAAUGAAACAUAUUGCCUUUUAAAAGUUAGUAAAUAAACUAUUCCAUUCAUAUUUCUAAUAUCUGAUGUUUUGUAAGAUUCCCUCGAUACAAGCAGAUAUGAGAACAUGAUUGUAAAUUAAAAAAAAACUAAGUAUACAGUUUAAACAGAAUAAAUUGGCUUAAUUUCACCUAAAGUGUACAAUAAAUGUAAUUAAUACCAUACUUUAAAAUGUCUUGUGUUACAUUUAUUGAUGACGUCCUGUAUAAUGUAGUUACGCUUGUAACACAGCCUAUGAGAGAGACGUAUGUAAAUCGUUAUAUAGAAAAAUUGUUGAUAAUUGUUAUAUAAUAUUGCACAGGCGAAAUUAUGUUUUAAUUAAUUAGUUAGAACUAUAGAGAAGGUACUACUUGCAUCCAUAUAACAUACGAUGAAAGAAAAUUGUACAAAUAUUUAAAGGCACUUGCGCUAAAAAAUGUAAUGAGAACAUUGAAUUAUCUCGUAAUAGGAAGUAGUUAGUAAAAAAAAUGAAUCAAUAGUGUAAUAUGUACAAGCAGCUAUCAAGUUUUUAAAUACUAUUAAAUGGAUAACAUUAUACAGGAUGUUAUAGUGCAGUCGCAACGAGUCCUUAUCUCCCGUUUUUAAUAAUAUUAGAAAGAUUAUGACACAGCUUUAUACAGAAUUUUUAUAUUCCGCAAAAAAAUAACUGCCAAAAACGUCCAAAACGCCACUUUCAAAUCAAAUUAUAUCUCAUCAUUCUUGCGGAAUAUAAAAUUUAAUAUCUAACAUACAAUAUGUCCAGUUUCUGCUAGUACGAUUAAAAAAAAACAUUUUAAAAUUGUGAUUAUCGAAUUAAAACGUUAAUAAAAAUUAUCACAACCGAAGUGUAAAAUAAAACAACGAUCUUUUUAAAACAAAGACAUAUCGUACGUUUUUUCCCCGUAAAUUAAGAUCUACCAAACGUUUAAUAUAAUUGGCUAAUAUUGUUGUAACCGUCUAUCGCAUAGGCGUCAAAGACAACGGUCCCAUACUGCUAAAAGACGAGUUCGGCAUAGACGGUAUCGAUAUAUUCAAUUUCUCCAAUUCAUCGACCACCUGAUUAUUUCGCAGCUCCUGCGUAGUGUAGAGAAAUUUGUUCCAUUCGUCGUGUCUCGGAUGCGCGAAAUUCUACAAAACAUAUAAUCUAGCUAGCACCAACAACAAACUAUAAAAUAUAAGCGAAUACAUUGCUUAUAAAUACGCAACUUUUUCAAGUAUUUUUUUUAAUAUUCUGGAAAAUAAAAAAGAUGGAAGUUUUUAAAUUUUCUUUAAAUUUCGAAUAUUUUUCAAUACGUACCUGCCAUUACCAUACAGAUGUCAAAAAUAAUAAAUAAUUAAUGACAAAAAAUUAAUAUUUCGAUUGCUGAAUUGAAAAUGGCUCAUCUUUAUAAAAAUAAUGAAUUGGUGGACAUGCUGAUUAUUUAUGGAGAGUGUUU